UCAUGGAUAUUGUGGCCUUGAAAUUAGGUAAUGAUUGACUGGAUAGAGAGUUAUAAAUGGUGUCCUCCAUUUCCCUGAUGUUCGAAUUUGAUUUCGCCCCCCUCAAAGGCAUCCUGAUAUGGAAAAAAGAGUGUCUUGCGACACCUCCCUCAACAUGGCUCAUCAGCCCGAACGUCAAAACUCAGACAGUAUUUCUACAUACGAAGAGACCCUUAUGGUAUCUACACCCACGUCACGACGAUUCCAUGUGUACAACAGACGGCGCAGAAACGACUUCGCCAUUUACACAGCAGACAAAACCCCUUUAGCCUACGUGCGAUGCUCGUCCUUCACCAUCGGCAAGCCCGACGUGACAUACCACGCGGGCGAAACCGACCAAGCCCCCGUCGCGGCAGUAUGCAAAUUCAUCAAUUUCUCGCGGCACUGCAAAGUCGGAUUUGGCGAUCCAAACGAUUCUGACAUUGUCUGGGAGGAGUUGAAGCGAUACAAGUUAACGAAUCAUUAUCGAAUCGAAAUGACACUACACGCAGGCGCAAGAAAGACCUUUGUGUGGAAACGAACACAUAGCACCCCGAUUGGAGAUGACGUGCCUUCUAAGUUGAGCACGAAGAAUUUCAAAUUUAUUGAUGAGCAGACGGAGGAAUUGGUUGCGGUCUAUGUGAACAAUGGAGUCAAGAGUUGGGAGAAAUGUGGCAAAUUCCAGAUCAAUGUCGACUAUGGAGCGAAAUUUGAUGUAAUGGUGCUCAUCACAGGAUUGUCGUUGCUGGAGAAAGAGAGACGCCGGGAAAGACGUAAUAGCUAGAAGACAAAGUGCUUUGACUCUCUGCUGAGAUGUAUCGGACUGUGUACAUAUACUGGAAAUUUGGUGUAUACAUCAUGAUUCAUCUGACCUCCAGAGACAACAUGAAACUGCAAAUGCGAGUCUGACUUCUAUAGCCUUAUAGGGCAUUAC